AUGGAGCAUCAUGUGCUGGUUCCCGCCAUUACGAUCCAGGGGACGCUGGAGCCUCUGCUUUUCCUGGGAGUGCUGUCGAUGAUCCUGUACGGUGUCCUCAUUAUGCAAGUCUUCAACUAUUACAGUGCAUACCAGGAUGAUCAGAAAGUCCUGCGUGUGGCCGUUGCUGUCGUACUAGCGCUGGAGACGGUCCAACAAGCCUUCCUGUUGCAUACGCUCUGGUAUUAUCUGAUCUUCUUAGGAGCAGAAGAGAUCACGGCGGAGACAUCGGUCAACUGGAGCUUCAUUGGCAGGAUUGUUCCGACGGAACUGGGAACUCUAAUCGUCGAGUCCCUCUUCAUAGCGCGGAUCUGGAUACUGGGUGAUCGAAAGAGAUCCUACCUUUUACUGCUUUUGCCCGCGCUUGUGGCGUUUGGGUUCGGCAUCGCUUUGGUCGCACAUUUUUUCGAGCGCCCAGCGUUUGGCGAUGCGCCUUCUUCUAGAUGGUUCCUUAUAGCUUGGGCCUCGACGCGCGCCCUUGCUGAUAUGGCCAUCGCGAGUAUCAAGUGUUGGAAACUCAACCGCUCUCGGAGAGACCUAUCGGCAGAGAUUCAAUCGGUCCUAUGGAGCAUUUUCUCCUUCUCAUUAACAACAGGCAUCAUGACGAGCGUCUGUGCCCUGCUCAUCCUCAUCACGUACCUCACCCUUCCUUUCGAGUUCGUCUACGCGGGCCUGUACACAAUAUACGGGAAGAUCUAUGCAAACUCGCUGCUCGCUUCCUUGAAUACACGACCAGUCUCCUACCCAGCCGCCGGUUCGAGAGACGCUUUCGCUCUCUAG